GCAACAUUGCUUUAGGAAAACCAACCAAACAAAGCUCAAUGGGUCGUAAUAUAGUUAUUCCCGCUAGUAAGGCCGUUGACGGAAACAAGGAUGGGGGUAUUAACGAUUCUUGUAUAAUGACUCAAAACGCCGACUUUAAUCCGUGGUGGCAAGUAGAUCUAGAAUGGAUGUAUGAUAUCACGAGUGUCACUAUAUCUAACAGAUAUGAUCAGACCGCUUCAGAUAAAUUAUUGGUUGAUGUGAGUGUAAUGGUAUAUGAUAAAGAUCCAUUUGAUUCAUCUGAUCCAUCUGUCGUCACCGCACCGUCUAAACUAUGUACAUUUCUACCUGGAUUUUUUGGACGUACCGUGAGAACCUUCGAAUGUGAUCAGAAAACAGUGGGCAGGUAUAUCAGGAUAACCAAGCCAACAGAGUAUCUCUCUCUUUGUGAAGUGGAGGUGACAGGUAUACAGCAGUAAACACCAGACAAAGCCACGUAGAGAGGCUAACAAUA